AUGGAGAUUCAGGUCAGAAGGCAAAGGAUGGUGCAGAUUCAGGAUCAAGAAAAUGUAUAUGCUGCCAAAAAGGUUAAUGUUGCGAUACCAACGAAACGACAAGGCCUAACUGUUCGUGGAGCACUUGGCGAACUAAAUACUAACGUUCAAGCUCAGCGUGAAGUAAAUGUUGGAAAAGUCGCCGUUGCUGCUGCCGAAUUUGAAAAGAAGGCUACUAUUAAUCGUGGUAUUGUUCGAAGCAAUUAUAGUCAUGUUCAAUCUAAAGUGAACACUGGAUUGGCUACUAAAACAGUCAUUCAACCUUCGUCAAGACCACCACUGAGACGUGAAGAAAGCACUGCAGGUUUAGCUGCACGAGCAAUUGUGAGGACAAGGCAGGCUGCCCUUAAAGAUGUUCAAAAUAAACCCACUUACACAAAAGAAGCAAAUCCAGUACAAAUUAAGAAAACUACUCAAGACGCUAAAAAGGUGAUUAAAUUGACUUCUCUCAAAGAGAAUGCUAAAGAAUGUAAAAGUGCACCAAAAUCAAUUUCCAAAGCACCCAUUGAAUCAUUGUGCAAACUGAAAAUAGAUGAAAAUAAUGAAAAAUCGUCAGCACUAAACCAGGAAAAUGCUCAGGCUGAAAUUCUAUCUCCACCAAAAUUACCAGAAGAUAUUGAAGAUAUUGACGCUGGCGACAAAAACAGCCAUUUACUAAUGUCUAUUUAUAUAAAAGAUAUUUAUAAGUAUUUGACGGAACUUGAAGAAAAAUAUCCGAUUGAAGAGGACCACUUAAGGAAACAGGCGGUGAUCACUGGAAAAAUGAGAGCUACCUUGAUAGACUGGCUGGCUGAAGUUCAGAGACAAUUUUCUUUUGUUUUGGAGACAUUCCAUUUGACUGUUGGCAUAAUUGAUCGUUAUUUACAGGUUGUACCAAAUGUACAAAGGAAUCAGCUGCAACUCGUGGGUGUAACAGCGAUGUUUAUAGCUAGUAAAUAUGAAGAGAUUCAUGUUCCUGACGUUAGUGACUUUGUUUAUGUUACUGACAAUGCCUACACGAAAGCUGAUGUCUUCCAAUGUGAACGAGAAAUCAUGUUCAAGCUCGGAUUUUGCCUCGCUAGGCCUAUACCACUUAGCUUCUUAAGAAGAUUUGUGAAAGCUGCGCAUGGAACGUCUAAAAACCAUCAUCUAGCGAAAUACUUUGUCGAUCUCAGUCUCGUCGAGUAUUCCAUGUCUCACUAUCGGCCGUCCGAAUUAGCAGCCGCUGCUAUUUGUCUAUCCUUAUAUCUCCUUUCUAAUAAAAAAUUAUCUGAAGUUUGGACGCCUACACUUUCAUAUUAUUCUGCUUAUAGCCUUGACCACAUUGUUCCCAUUAUGGUUAAGAUAGCUAAAAUAGUUAUUAAUGUCGAUAAUUCGAAAACCAAGGCUGUCUACAACAUGUAUUCCGAUCUCACAGUGGCGAAGGUAUCUCAUUUGCCUCAGCUUAAAGGAGAUGCGAUACACGAGUUAGCUAAAGUAUCGUUAAGAUAAUUUCUACAGAAAUAGUGUGAACAAUAUGCUUUGAUUUGAGUGAGGUGUUCUUUUAUAGUUGUGUUUCUGAAACACUGGACUGAAUUUUUGAUGGAAGGUUUCUUUUAGGUACCUGUUUGUUUGGUUAUAAUUAAUUUUUUACCUUUACAUGUAGUUGUACGACACCGAGAUUUAUUUGAAUAUUGUGAAUAGUUUUUAAUUAUUUAUGUAUUGCAACUCUGUAGACUUACUUGAGACAACUAAUUUUUAUCUUUCCGGUAUGUUAUUGGGCUUACGACUUUGUGACAAAUAAUGAUAGUUUGUUUUUUUAAAAGCAUUCCAUUAUUAAUUGCUAAGGAUGAAAUUGAAAGGUAUACAAUUUCAAAACAAUAUCCAUACAUUUUUUAUACACACCAUAUUAUUGCGCGUAAGUAAGCUCAGUGUUAUAUUAUUAUUUUAGAUUAAUUUAUUUGUAUAAUAUGUUAUUUUUCUCAUCAUUAUGUAAUUAUGAGGUUUUGUAAAUCUCUGUUGUACACAAACACAUGAAUAGGUUUUAUUCAAAGUUGUAAAACUAUUGUUUAAUUUUAAUAAUUGUAUCUUAGUUUUUAGAAACAGCUUAGAAUAAAAGAAUUCUAGUAAUAUAUUAAUUUUAACUGACAAUGGACCAAAACGCUUGACUAUAUUUGAUAUCAGAUAGUGUAAGCCAAUUUAUAUUGUUUAGAUAAAUAUUUUUAAUAAUGUAAUUUGAUAGAACUGUGAUUAGAUUUAUUGUGCUGUAAUUUGUUGAAAAUAAAAUGUUUGUAAUAA